UUUGCCCAUCUUAUUGAUUUUCCACUUGUUGCUGCUGAAUUUUCCGAAGCAAACAAAAAAGCUAAAAUCCGAAGCUCAAGCUUAAACUUUACUUGAAAUUUAUUCUCCCGAUAAUUACCGGUAGAACUGGUCUCGCGGUUAAAAACCCCCAGCUGCGUUCAAAGCUCCCGCUCGAUUUUGACUCACCAAAGUCGAAAUUCUCGUGUUUUUCGCAUUUCAGUUUAUUCCAAGCUUCAAAACUGGCAGCACGCAUUAUGUCCGCAGGUCGAGUUGUUAUUUACGGCGGCAAGGGAGCCUUGGGCUCGGCCUGUGUCGAUCACUUUAAAGCCAACAAUUAUUGGGUUGGCAGCAUCGACCUGACAGAGAACGAGAAGGCCGAUGUCAGCAUCGUUGUGCCACGCGAUGCUGCAUGGUCGGAACAGGAGGAAACAGUGGUCUCCAAGGUGGGCGAAUCCCUUGCCGGCGCAAAACUGGAUGCUGUGAUCUGCGUUGCUGGCGGCUGGGCAGGUGGUAAUGCCAAAAAGGAUCUGGCCAAGAAUGCCGAUCUCAUGUGGAAGCAGAGCGUCUGGACGUCUGCGAUAUCCGCAGCUGUGGCAGCUCAGCAUCUCAAAGAAGGUGGACUUCUUGCCCUAACCGGUGCUAAGCCCGCUCUGGAAGGAACUCCUGGCAUGAUUGGCUAUGGAAUGGCCAAGGCAGCUGUUCAUCAGCUCACCCGAUCGCUGGGCGGUGAGAAAUCCGGUCUGCCAGCUGGUUCCCUGGCUGUGUCCAUCCUUCCCGUAACCCUAGAUACACCCAUGAACCGUAAAUGGAUGCCUGAUGCGGACUUCGGCACCUGGACUUCUCUCACUGAAGUGGCUGGACUCUUCCUGAAGUGGACUCAGGCUCAGGAGAGGCCCAAAACUGGAUCUCUGCUGCAGCUAAUAACUAAGAAUGGCGUUACAGAGCUCAUAGCCGCCGAAUAGACUUAGAGAUAGGAGGAAUAUGGAUAAACUUAUUGACGGAACACAUAUGCUCAAAAAACAUAAUCUAAAUGCUUUCGCUUGUACAUAAACUAUUCAUAAAUAAAUCGCUGGGCGGCUUUCGAUCGUUUAA